GGAGGAGCAAAACGAAUCCAGGGUUAUUAUCAAGAGAACAGCCUGGGUGGAUGUCCGAGCUAAUAGCCAGCCGAAGGUUCAUGGAGUUGAAGGGUCAAAAGUUCACCGUCGUGCCCACACACAAGACCCCUUCUGCCAGGAGAGAGAGAGAAAGGGGAAGGAACAGAGACAGACAGAGGAGAAGUAAAAGAAGACGUCUUGGAAGACACUUGGAAGACACCCCCUCCUCCCUCCCUCACAAGCAAAUACACACCCUCCUCACACACACACACACACACACACACACACACACACACACACACACACACACACACACACACGUCCCCUUCCCAACCAUCAGUAAGCUAUCUUUUACACCCCACAAGUAUCCUACCAUAAGCAAAAACUUUUUUCUUCCUCACUGGAAAGAAGAAAGUCCUUCCAAAGAAACUCCAACAAACCAGCGAGAGAGCCCUCAUGGCGCCGAAGAAGAUGGCCCAGAGGUCGCUGAAAGUGGUGGCAUCUAAGACAGAGUCCUACAGCACUCCUGCAUGCACUGGUCCGGAUGGGUCCCACAAACGGAGAGGCGCACGGAUAACCCCCACCACCCCCACUCCACACCCCCCGCCCCGACCACACGUCACGUGAUUCAUUAAAUAAUUAAUGCAGAGGUUGCAGAAUAGAUAUGUAUUAGUCAGGAAUAUAACGGUAAGACAUGGUGCCGCUCCAGUGUGUGUAUGCCUGACGUCGAAAAUUCAACUGUCCUUUAAAAAAAAAGAAAUACAAACCCCCCUACAGCAGUGGUGAGAGGGGGAGAGAGAGAGAGAAAAAAAAGAGAGGGAGAGAAGAGGAGACACUGAGAAACGCCAACGGAGAGAGAGAGGGGAAGAGAAAAGAGAGGGUGAAGGAGGCUGCAAUAAAACAAAUUUGGACGGGUGUGUGUCUUGCGGGUCGUUGUGGACACCGUGAGUAUUGCGGAAGGAAGGGGACUACAUGGGGGGAAACCACACUUCUUCUUCCUCAUCUUCUACGCCGCUACACCGCCUUCGCCCGCAUCCCUCUCAGUGAAUCAUAGGCUAUUUUAACAUCGUGUUUGACUCCAUGUAAUAACCAACAUCUGGCCCUUACGCACGCAGAACGGACAGGCAGGUCACGCUGAACCUCGCUAACCCCCUGGCGCACCUCAACCAGACUCCCCUAUUGGACAGGAACAGAACCAGAACCCCCUCCUCCUCCCCGCCUCUCUCGCUGCCUGUCUAGCUGUCAGUCCGUAGCCCGGUUCAGGAACAGUUCACGGUGUCAAUCUGCCUAUCCCACACCAGCAAAGCCCGGACGAACGAACAAGGCAGAGGUCCGAGCAGGGAGAAACACCGGCGGAGAGGGAAAGACAGCGAUGGUAUGAGGGGGAGAACCAGGUCAUCUGUGAUAGUCUUCAAUGUUCCGCAGAUAAUCAGUGAAACAGUUUAAAUGCGCAUGACGGGGACGUUUGACUAUUUGAGAGACAAAUCUAGAAUAUUUUGGUCCGCAAGGGUUGCAGUUCAGCAGGGAGGGCUAACGGCUACUAGUUAGCAAUGCAACAAUGAAACAACAACAGUGUGUGUGUUUUCUUGAGUGUAAGCUAGCCUGGACGAAAAGCCGUCAGGGUGGUAGGAAGGAACGUGAAGAACAAGAAGGACAGAAUGCUUGACUCUGCUCCUCUCUCUUGGUGUACUGGGAAAGAAUACGAUAAAGAAGAGGAAAGAAAGAGGUUGAGAGAGAUAGAGACAGAGGAGGAGAGCCCAGGGAAUACGGCGUCACGCUAAAUCCAGAAAAGCUCUUGCAGAGGAAACUGCUUUCUUUUGGAGGCUCGGUCAGCAUACUGUUUGCCCAGCGGAGCUCGCGCUGUACCCCAACCUUUGCUCUCGUGUCGGUGGAUAAUGUAACAUAAGGUUUCAAGAAAAGAAAAGCGCGAGCCCUGACCGUGGUGCUGGCCAGGCACACACCGGUCCACUAGACGGGGAAUUUUGCAGCACAGGCGGAAGGGGGUAAGCGCGCGCACGCGGUGUGUUUUUUAGGGUAAAGUAGCCCUGCGAGUCCCACACAGAGCAGUCCCCGUCAGCUUCUGUGCUUGUAGGUAGGCUUUGAUUGUUGGAGAUUUAUGGCGGAGCCGACCAAGAUUUAUAGCUUUUCCCAAACCGGGCUUGGCGUCUCUUUUACGUUAUGUUUUAGAGACGUUCUAAUAGAUACACCAGUAAUAUAAGAACAGGCAACAUUGCUCUUUAAACGCCGGGUUUAACUGGCAUGAAUGUUGUUUUAGUGCCAUUUUGGACUCAAAUGCAUGUUAGAAAAACAGUCGGACUGACUGCGCCUAAUUACGCACUAGCAAUCCGUGAAAAAUACGUCCAUGCUUUUCCAAGAAGGGCUUCUCUGGUCUUCGUUACUCCAGCCAGUGUGUCCGUCCGUGUCCAAAACAGAUUGCAUCCAGGGAAAAAGAGACAACACCAGGAGGGGAGACACGCGGAGAGAGCAGUUCUUAGGAGCCUUCUGGAAGCCGUUUUCUUCCAUCAAGACAUCAGAAGAUAAGAAGAAAUCUUUCUGUCAGAUUGCAGGGGACCGUUGGAGAGACACCGUCACGUGACCCCCGGUACCAAAUGGUCUUCCGGCAGUGGCUCUCAGCAAGGACCGGAGCACAAGAAGACGCCACCACUUCUCUCAGAAAUGCAGAAGACAACAUACUACGACAACUCCUCAACACUUUUUGGUGGCUACUCAUCCUACCAGGUGCAGGGAGUGGCAGCAGCAGCCGCCAAUGGCUUUGGGGGCUACGAUGCCCCGGUCCCAGUGUCCCACCACCAGCCGGCCUUCCAGUCAGCAACCCAUCUGGAUGUGGAUUCGUACCAGCGCUCUGCCUGCUCUUUACAGUCGCUGGGCAGUAACGGUGGCCACCAGCAGCCGCAGCAGCUAGCCAAGACCAAGGAGCUGAAUGGCAGCUGCAUGCGGCCCAGUCUGCCAUCUGAGCACCACCCCGGCUCCCAGGUGUCCCCUCCACUGCCGCCCAACUCCAGCAACGGUAAUACUGGGGCUCAGCAGCCGGGGGGCAGUGCUGGGGCCUCCUCAGUCUCUAAAUCAGGCCCAAAUAAGUCCUCUAAUUCUUCUGCCUCCAUUUCGUCCUCCACAUCGUCCUCCUCCUCCUCACUGCCCCCCAACCCGACUAUAGCCAAGCAGAUCUUUCCCUGGAUGAAAGAGAGUCGGCAGACGACCAAGCAGAAAACCUGUUCACCCAGCAACAACUCUGGCAAUGCAUCAGGAGGAGCUGAGAGUGGUAGCAGUGGGGAGAAGAGUCCUACCAGCGGGUCAUCAGCGUCAUCUAAGCGGGCUCGUACGGCGUACACCAGCGCCCAGCUGGUUGAGCUGGAGAAGGAGUUCCACUUCAACCGGUACCUGUGCCGGCCGCGGCGCGUGGAGAUGGCCAACCUGCUCAACCUGUCCGAACGCCAGAUCAAGAUCUGGUUCCAGAACCGACGUAUGAAGUACAAGAAGGACCAGAAGUCCAAGGGCCUGAGCUCCAGCUCUGGAGGGCCCUCACCAACUGGCUCCCCACCCCUACCCAUGCAGUCCUCCGCCAGCUUCCUCAACUCAAUGCACUCCAUGGGAGGGGGAGGCGGGGGAGGAGGGGCAGGUUAUGACGUGCCAUCUCCGCAAUCCUUUGGCAAGCCCCACCAGGGAGUUUCUUACUCCAUGUCCACUGCCUACUCCAAUGUCCCCAUGAAGGGCUGCCCCCCUCAGCAGAAGUAUGGUGCCCCAGACCCAGACUAUGGUGAACCCCAUCCCCACCAUGGCCUAGUGCAGGCCAACAGCUCCGGCUAUGGGACUCCCACCAACAUGCAGGCCAGUCCAGUCUACGUGGGGGGUGGCAGCUAUGUGGAACCCAUGCCUGGCUCGGGGCCCUCCAUGUAUGGGCUAAACCACCUCGGCCCCACACCACCCCACCACCAAACCAUGGACUACAAUGGCGCGGGGCCCAUGUCGGCCACCAACCAGCACCACGUGGGUGGAGGGCCCCCCCCGGGUCCCUGUGACCCUCCCACACACCCGACGUACACCGAGCUGUCGGCGCACCACACCUCGACUCAGGGCAGAAUCCAGGAAGCACCCAAGCUCACUCACCUGUAGCAGGUUUGGAAAAAAAAAUGACAACGUAGGAAAUAGUAAAGACGUCAAGAACACGUAACACGACGUGACUCACUAACAGACUAACACGUGGAGACUUUACUUCUGCAACGGGACAGCAGGAGAGACAGAACUAGACAGACAGGAACCAUCCAGUGGUUUGUCCUGUGCACUACACAAAGGGGAACGAUCAGUGUUUGGUGUUGUCCAGCCCCACCCUGUUUCCACUGCCUUCACCAAUAGCUCCAUUAAGUCUGAUUAGGGCUCACUGUUACCUUGAAGGGGCAGUUUAAUUUUAAAAAGACAAAGGUUGUGACGAUUAUCAAGUAGCAGCAAUCAAACCAAACCAUUCGUGCUGCCAAAAGAGUCAAUAAAAGGCACAUCUCUGCUGUGUAAAGUACUGAAAUCAAUGGUAGUUUCCUAAAAUGUUUUAAGCAGGGACCAAACUUACUAACUCAGAAUCAGUUUUAUUAGUCAAGUAUGUGUACACACACAAUGAAUUUGAAUCUGGUUUUAAGUUGAUCACAAUGUACUUAAACAUGUAGAACUCUCUACUACUGAAACCUUACAUCCUCAUACAGGCAAAAAGAAAACUAAAACUUUUUUACCUUCCCAUAAAAAAUGGUUAAUUUAACUUACACAUUCAAAACUGCUGUCAAUGUAAAUUAUCAGUAAUUAAUGUUUCUUUUUAGAACUCUUGGUUUCCUUUACCCAUGCUUACACAUUUAACAAUGAUCUUUUUAGAGCAAUUUACACUAAACUCUGAGUCUAUUUCUUGGUCCCAGAGCAGUGAAGCAUAUUGUAGGUGUGGGAGACGAGGUGUACAGUCAAUUGUCUCCCACGUCCCCCAGGGACAAUAAAUAUCAGGAAGCUUGUCUUGUGGCACUGGUGCAGAGACAUAUCGGCAGCUGUAUGGCAUAACAGGAUAUAUGGUGAGCACCAUUGUUUAGUAUUCAUUAGACUGAUAAUCUAAAAUCAAAAAAAUGCAAUAUGGACUACUGUAUUCAAACAAAGCACAUGUCAAAAAAGUGAGAUAUCAGUUUUUGAUGAACAAUAUUUCUCAGAAACCAAAAAAUAAUCUAAAGUGAAAGAAAAGUCUCUCUUUAUAAUGUGGUAUAUUUAAGUUACUCAGCAAAAUAAUUGCAGCAUUAUUAUUUACUAGUUAUACAAGUUUUCCUUCAUGGAUUUUUAAUGCAUUACUGGACUUAUCCAAACACUUUUUGUGUGGGCGGAGCAAAUUGCAGCAGUAGCUCAGCUACCAUGUUGUAAAAAAGCCUGUAAUGGCUCUGUUAGAGCUAGUACAGGGUUUAAAAUUGUACUUUGAUAAUAAAAUCUCCCCCCUAAGACACACACAUAUACAAACAGUUCUCCCGCCUGGUAAAUGAAAUAGUUGAGAUGUUAAUGGGCAGUAAACGAGGUGGUUAGAUUUAUGACGCUGAGCUCUCUCCCCCUCCAGGCAACACAUGUUGUUGUCAGCCAAGCUGAGCUAUGUGGAGGACUCUGCCUCUCCAUCAGCCGGAGAGAGAGGGAGAACAGAAAUAUAUGGCUCGAGCUGGCAGCACUCGUCUUCCUCUGUUCCCCUCGUUCCACAAAGCACAUAAAAACCACUGGAUGGUCUUUCCUUCACUGUCUGUUUUUGCCUCCUGCCGUACCCGUUUCUGUCCAUCCAGACUGAAUCACUACUAACCCACCGUCUCCUGUCUGUGGCAGUAGCACAUGGCUUCUGAAGGAGGCAAAAUUUCUCACAAUCCGCCACAGACUACCCCCCCACACACACAUCAUCACCACAAAUGCACUCACCACCUCUCACAUCACUCUAACAGGGUUUAAGAAGCUACAAACUCAAAGGCUAAACUAGCUCCCAUAAGCACACAUUUGUGCUAAGCUACAUUAGCUAAUCACUGUUUCACACACACACACAGCAAUGGUAAGCUAGCUUCCUUUCAUUGACACACAUCCACAGCCAGGUUAUGCCAGCUGUUGACAUCUUCAAACAAACACAUGAGAGGACAUGGAAGAGAAAUUUUUAAUGUUCUUAUUUUAGCACAUCAUCGACACAGGGUAAAUAUAAAGUGGAGAACACUAUUUAUUUAUGUUUGGGUAAGUCAUUGCCCACCUCUCUCUCUCUCUCUCUCUCUCUCUCUCUCUCUCUCUCUCUCUCUCCCCUCUCACUAUCACUUUGGAAGGGUUCACUUACAUUAGCGGACACCAAUGCGUAAAAGUCCACAUUAUAUAUUGUUUUGUUUUGUUCUCACAUAUCUUAACUUUUAACAUGGAUACAGGGUAUAUAUUUGAACAAACAUGCAUGUCCCAGAAACCUGAGCUGACGUGUAUCGCACAUUUUGAAAACAACUGGGUUUAUUUGUUUGAACCAUCAGUGAGGGGAGUUAGGGACAACACACACGAGACCCUUACAGAGUGUUUCAGCCAGUGUUCAAAACUGAAAACAAGCUGUGUGUUUGACUCUUACUACACUCUCUGCUGUUCUGGAAAUAAACCUGUCAUAUGGUUUUUAAAAGUGCAGAUUUACACAAACGCUUUUCACAUCUGGGCAUCAUCGUUGCACUUAGAGUUUACAUUUUGAUGGUUAAAGGUAAAAAAUAAUAAUAAUAAAAUCUUAUUUUGAAGACGGAAGGCCCUCCAAUCAAUGCGUCUUUCGCCAAUGUUUGUUCAAGUGAACAUUCAUAUAUAAAUAUUUAUUUGUUAUAGCCAGUUUAAAAAGACGUUCUGUUUUGUAUUAUUAUUAUUUAUCCUUCAUGUAUUUAUAUCGAGAAAAAAUACUGUACUUUUUUAGUAUUCACCUGUUAUGAAAGAAAAAAAACAAUGUUGUGUUUCUUCUUGUCCAUUGUACUGAAGUUACAUUUUUUAGUUCUUGUAUUUUAGAAGAAAAUAAGUAGUUUUUAUGUUCAUAUAAUGACCCUUGUACAUAAAUGUCUUGGCUUGUACAGGGGAAAAGGCAAGGAUGGGGAUUGGUGACCCAUCCGUGCAUAGUUGGAAAAUUUAGACAAACUAUUAGCUGGAAAAAGAACAAGUCUUUUUGGAGAAAAAAACUCCUUUCUUUGUCCUUUGUAGCUCCUUUUUCUUUGAUUGUUGAGAGAGUUGUCUGUCGAACAAUUCUUUAAUAAAAUGUUAUGUUAUUCAGA